AUGGACGGCCAGCCCGGCACCGGUCCCGUCGCGCGCGACUUGCGCAUCGCCAUCAUCGGCGCCGGCAUGGGUGGCCUGGGUUGCGCGCUCGCCCUUGCCAAAAAGGGCUUCAGCGAUGUACACGUCUACGAGGAUGCGUCCGGGCUGGGCUUCGUUGGCGCGGGGAUCCAGCUCGCGCCGAAUCUGGUCCGCGUGCUUGACCGCCUGGGCUGCUGGCAGGGGAUCGAAGCCGAGGCCACCGACAUCGUUGAGACUAGCAUUCGAGACGGCUGCUCCAACGAGGAGCUGACUCAUGUCCACAUGCCUGACAUUCGACAAAAGUAUGGUCAUCCUCAUUGCACCGGCCACCGUGCCUCCCUCGCCGGGGGGCUAUAUGAGGCGUGCAAGGCCGAGUCCGCCGUCACGUUCCACCUCGGCCACACGCUAUCCAGCAUCGACGCUUUCGAGCCGCAACCGGUCUUCACGGUGACGACUCGAGAAGGCAGCUCACGCCAGGUGACCGCCGACGUCCUUCUCGCUGCCGACGGCGUCAAGUCUGUGGCGCGGACGCACCUCAUGAAGCGCCUCGGCGCGACCGUCGACGUCGAGGAUACCGGACAAGCCGCCUAUCGCGUCAUGUUGCCCCGCGAGGAGAUGGCCGCGGAUCCCGAGAUGAUGGCUCUGCUCGAUAGCAACCAGGUGACCCGGUGGAUCGGAGAGAGGCGCCACUGGAUAUGCUACCCCAUUGCUUCGCGGACAAUCUACAACAUGUCCUCGAUCCAGCCCGACAUCAACUUUGCAUCUGCGCCGUCCAUGACCUAUACGACCAAGGGGUCUAAAGACGCGAUGCUGAAGACAUUUGACGACUUUUGCCCGUUGAUUCGACGCAUGCUCGACCUCGUUCCCGACGGCGAGGUCUGCGAAUGGAAGCUGCGGGUGCAUAAGCCACUGCCAGCGUGGGUUCACGGCUCUGUGGCACUCAUGGGUGACGCGUGCCACCCGACGCUGCCGCACCUCAACCAAGGUGCCUCCAUGGCAAUCGAGGACGGCGCCGUGCUGGCGGAAGUCCUGAGUAGAGCGCCGAGCUCAUCGGCCGAUACCAUCAACAAGUCUCUCCGCGUGUACGAGCUGCUCCGGAAAGAGCGAACCACGACACUCGUCAACCUAGCCGCGCACUCGGGACGCGUCCUCCACCUUGGCGAGGGAAAGGCCAAGGAAGAGCGCGACCGCGAAUUUGCUGCAUCGCGGGCUGAGGGCUCCAGCGUCCCAGACAAGUGGGCAUCGCCGGACGUGCAAAAGAUGAUAUAUUCGCACGACUGCAUGCUCGAGGCCGCCGAAAAGUUUGAAAUGCUUUUCAACCAGCUCGAUCAAGCACCCGUCGGUUCUGAGGAGUAG